GCCCUCCACCCCCUCUUUACAGGACUGCCAGACCGUCUACAGUUAUUCCAGGAAUGUGUUGAACAUGGCUGCCGCGAUGAAGGCGCAGAAAACGGGACUGCUGGAACUUCGAAUCACCGUGGACCGCUGGAUCCGAGUGCUGGCCACGCUUACCGAGGACACUCUAAGCGUAAACCCCGGCGAGGGCGCAGAGGAGCGCGCAAAGCCAAACCCGAGUCCCGCAGGUGCUGUCAACGGAGACCCUCCGAACCUCAGCUCGUCCCCGGUCCCGGAAACCAUCACCAAUGUGAAGCGCACCGUGAGAGUGACCAAACAAGAUGUGGGAGGACUUGGAAUUAGUAUCAAAGGUGGUAAGGAAAACAAGAUGCCCAUCCUCAUUUCUAAAAUUUUCAAAGGCCUUGCUGCUGACCAGACUGAGGCACUUUAUGUUGGAGACGCCAUUCUGUCCGUCAAUGGAUUUGACUUGCGAGAGGCCACGCAUGAUGAGGCCGUGCAGGCACUUAAAAAAACCGGCAAAGAAGUCAUCCUUGAAGUGAAGUACAUCAAGGAGAUGUCUGCAUUUUUUAAAAGCUCUGGUUCCCCUGGGGCAAACCUCCCGUGGGACUCCCCCCCUUCUACACCUCAGAGGGGCACUGAGGUCUCCCCCACCGAGGUAAAAGAGCCUUGCAGCAUCCCAGUGAAGAUGUGUCAGGUGUCACGGAAACAGUGCCCCCCAGACACAGAGAACAGGUAUUUUGAGGUGAUUUCAUCCAACAGAAAGAACUCAAUGUUCCUGCGGGCAAAGGACCCAGCCAUGGCUCAGUCGUGGUACAAUGCUAUCCAAAGUGCUGCUGCCGCCCUUUUACCACAAGUGAAGGAGGAGAUGAAGAGCAUGCAUCCUGGCAUGGACGUCAAACAUUUGGGCUGGCUUACAGAGCAGAUGUCGCAGGGUCCAGAGAAACCUGUCCUCGCAGUGUUGACAGAGAAGGACCUUCUUCUUUAUUCCUCCUUCCCUGAAAGCAAAGAUAGCCUGAGGAACGCCACCAAGAGUCAUAGCCUCAUCACAACCAGAUUGGUCCACUCUGGUCCUGGAAAAAGCUCCCCUCUUUUGGACUCUGAGCUGUCGUUCGGACUGCGUUCAGGCACCAAGCAGGGCGUAGAGACUCACGUGUUCAGAGUGGACUCUGCUAAAGAACUGUCCAUAUGGACUCAUCUGCUUGUAGAGGGUUGCCACAAUGCUGCAGAACUCAUCAAGGAGGUUACAGCAGCCUGCAGCUGGAAUGGAAAGGAGUGUAUUCUGGGAGUGCACAUCGAUGACGGCUUCACGCUAUUCACAGAGGAAAUGGGUGUCAGGAAAAAUAUUCUCUUCCAGCAGCCUUUCGAGCGCCUACGAAUGUCCUCAGAUGAUGGAGUCCGUAUGAUGUUCCUCGACUUUGGUGGCCCUGAGGCUGAAAUUCAACUGGACCUUCGCUGCUGCCCAAAGACCAUAGUGUUCAUCAUCCACUCUUUCCUGUCUGCUAAGGUCAAGCGACUUGGUCUCCUGGCAUGAUAAAGGCCGGCCAUCCAUAACAUCAAAACAGGAAUAUUUAGUGAUAAAUACACCAGCCUGUGAAGACCUUCGAGAUGAGGGCCAGAAAGGUGUUUGUGAUAAGCUCACCUUUCCAGCCUUUCCUCUGCCUUUAAAUCUUACUGUGUUUGGUCAGAAUCUCUCUGGGCUCUUUGGAUAAAUGAAGAGAAAACUGGAACAUUGAUGGACAUUUUUUUUUAUAUGUAGUCGUUAGAUAAAAAAAAUGUUUUUACAGAUAAUUGAAGUUGGUAAUCAUUUAGUCUGUAUCUGUCAAAGUUUUCUAAGUAGGUCAGGCUACUUUAUGAUGGGAAACUGUAAGAAUGUGACAGGCUGUAUUUAAAUGUUUUUAAGCUUGAAUGCAACCAUUUUUUUUUCUUAGUUGGAUUUUAUGAGUCACAGCAGGCUUUUGUCAUAAACGUCUUUUCAACUUUCAGUCUCUGCUUCAUGGACGUGGUGAGUGAUGUUGGACAAACAGUUUUCAGUUUCAGAAGAGUGACAGAUUGACGCGGCUGAUUGUAACAGGAUCAAUAGCUUGUACUAAACAGAGUCAUGCUGUUCUCUCAGAGUUAUUUAUGAAUUUAUUGAAUUCGGUUCCCCUACUUUAACUAUAAACUAUGGCCUGUCAUUGGAAAAAAGCAUAUCUUUAUUAGGUCCUAAGUUAUAAAAAUAGAGACCGUUUUAAAUAGAACAGAUAGAAACUUCUAUUACAGUAGGUGAAUAAACUGAGCUUACUUGGCAUAUUUGCCACAUUUUCAUUGACAUGCAGCAGACAGCUUUUACAUUACAUAAAUGAUUUAUAUUUUGUUAGUUUAAAUAAAAAAGAUACAUCAUAAAGUGUGUGAUUAUUUUAUUUUAUGUUUAAGUUGACUAAACAUCUUUUUGUAGUUUUGGGGCCUUCUCUCAUAUCUUAAUACUAAACACAUAUAUAGUAAUAUAUGUUCUAAAACCUGUUUGUCUGAGAAACAAAUGUAUUGUAUAUUCUUAUUUAAACGGAAGUGUGCCUUGCAAGGUUGUUUGUAUAUAAACAUGUAAUAAACUUUGUUAACUUUUA